AUUUUGAAGAUGAAAAACGAAUUACUGCCAUUAAUAUAAUUAAAAAUGUUUUUCAUACUUAUCUUCAACUUAAUCAUAGUACUGCUCCUACUCCUACUACUUUUUUAACAUCUCCUGAAAUGCCCCAAAAUCUACAUGAGUAUUUUGCUCAUCUUAACAAUCGCAAUCAUAACCAUUUACUUAGUUCACAAAACAAUGAAUUAGAUUGCUAUUUGAUAUUAGCUGAAGAUCUUGGGAUUGAACCAUUGACAUGGUGGGACGCCAGAAGGCAUAUUUUAGAACUUAAAUUAGAAUAG